AUGCGCUCUCCCCUCUUCAAGAUCGUUAAGAGAUCCUCGAUGCUCGAUGAUGCUCCAUGGACCUGGGGUGGACACUGGUGUGACGGCAUGCCCUCCUUCUUCCAGGGCAUGCCCAGCGGCGUCUACGACAACAUCUACGACGACCUCGAUGACUCACCAGUGACCUACCACAUCACUGAGCCUGUCGACCCCACCGAGUACCAGAACGAGUGGCUCGGAGAUGUCAUCAACAUCUAUUAA